AUGAAGGCCACAUCACUCGUUCUUAGCUUGAUUGGGGCGAGUGCAGCCGCUUCCUUACAUCGCCAGCCUCUCCCUCCAAAACUCAAACGAGAUAUCUGCUCUGGUAAUACCGCCAGUAACAGAAAAGCUUGGUGCAAUUACGACGCGAGCACCAAUUACUACGACAUUGUUCCCAACACCGGUGUGACCAGGGAAUACUACUUCGAUAUUCAAGAGGUUACGGUUGCCCCGGAUGGAUACUCUCGGACUGCGAUGGCCAUCAAUGGCUCCAUCCCGGGCCCUACCAUCCAGGCUGACUGGGGCGACCAUGUUAUUGUGCAUGUUACCAACAGCCUCGCCUCGGCAAAGAACGGAUCUAGCAUCCACUUCCAUGGCAUUCGUCAGAACUAUACGAACCCCAAUGAUGGUAUUGUCUCAAUCACUCAGUGUCCGACGGCACCGGGUAAAACCGCUACCUACAAAUGGCGCGCCACGCAGUAUGGCUCGUCGUGGUAUCACUCUCACAUCGGGCUCCAGGCCUAUGAGGGUGUUUUCGGUGGCAUCGUGAUCAAUGGGCCGGCCACUGAGGACUACGAUGUCGACAGGGGCAUCCUGUUUCUAAAUGACUGGAGUCACCAGACCGUUGAUGAACUGUAUGAUUCUGCUCAGGCGAGUGGGCCGCCCACCCUGGAUAACGGUCUGAUCAACGGCACGAAUGUUUACGGCGAUGAUAACUCGGCCAGUCAGACGGGGUACCGCUUCAACACGUCGGUUACUGCUGGUACGUCGUACCGCUUCCGUCUGGUGAAUGCUGCGGUUGAUACGCAUUUCAAGUUCUCUAUGGACAAUCACACGCUUACUGUGAUGGCAAUGGACUUGGUUCCUAUUGAACCUUUCAAUACUACUGUUCUGAGCAUUGGCAUGGGUCAACGGUAUGACAUUGUCGUUAAAGCAGACCAGUCCACAAGCGGUGAUAGCUACUGGAUGCGUGCCAUUCCCCAAGAGGCCUGUUCCGACAAUGACAGCGUGAAUAAUAUCAAGGGCGUUGUGUACUACGGCAGCUCACCAUCAACCCCUACCACAACAAAAUACUCGUACACCGACAGUUGCGACGACAUGGAUAUGUCCGAUCUUGUCCCUUACCUGUCCCAGAGCGCCUCUCUCCCCUACUACAACGCAAGCGAGCCUGUCACUCUGGGGGAGAACUCCGAGAAUCUCUUCCGCUGGAAGAUGAAUGGCACCUCGAAGUUGGUGGAGUGGAACAAUCCCACUCUGCUUCAAAUUUGGAACAACGACACCAGCUUCACAAACUCGAGCGGCGUGGUGGAGCUGCCCCGCGCCAAUGAGUGGUCGUACAUUGUGAUCGAGACCACGCUCACCGUGCCGCACCCUAUCCACCUGCACGGUCAUGACUUCUUUGUCCUGGCACAGGGCUCUGGUACCUACAGUGGCUCCUCGGACAUCACUUCCCUGACGAACCCACCGCGUCGCGACGUGGCUAUGCUGCCUAGCUCGGGGUAUCUGGUGGUGGCGUUCAAGACAGAUAACCCUGGCACAUGGCUGAUGCACUGUCACAUUGGCUGGCACACGGAAGAGGGCUUUGCCAUCCAGUUCCUGGAGCGGUAUGAGGAGGCGCGGAAGUUAAUCGACUAUAGCACCCUCCACUCUGGGUGCAAGGCAUGGGAUGAGUACGUGGAAGAGAGCGUUAUUGAGCAGGAAGAUGAUGGCAUUUGA